AUGUCCUGCCCCGACUGCAUCAACGGCUCCUUGCACACCGGCACCCCCGUGGGCAGCGAGACCAAGGUCGGCGGGGUCAACGCAUACGUGACCGGCGACGAGAAGUCCUCGCGCAUCAUCAUCAUCGGCGCAGACAUCUACGGCUGGAAGUUCGUCAAUACCCGCCUCCUCGCGGACGAGUACGCCGCGCGCGGCUUCCGCGUCAUCGUGCCCGACUUCUUCAGCGGCUGGAGCCUCCCGCUCUGGGGCCUCGACGCCUUCGCGCCCGCCGCGCUCCCCAAGUCGCUCUUCACGCGCUACAUCCUCACGCCCGCCGCGCUCUUCCUCCUCGUCCCCUUCGUCCUCCGCAACCUCCCGCACCAGAUCUCCACGCUCACCGCCAUCGCCGCCGCCGUCCGCGCCGCCGCGCCCCCAACCGCGAAAGUGGGCUUCGCGGGCUUCUGCUGGGGCGGUCGGUUCGCAAUCUCGCAGAACGCGUUGUUCGACGCGAGCGUCGCCGCGCACCCGUCGCUCGUCAAGUUCCCGGCGGAGCUGGAUGGGGUGAAGGGGCCGUUCAGUUUGGCAGUGGCUGCGACGGAUAAGGAUUUUGAUCGCGGGAGGGCGGAGGAGACGGAGAGGAUCUUGAAGGGGAGGGGGUUGAAGGACGUGCAGGUCGUGAUUUACGAUGGGGUGCACCAUGGGUGGACGACGCGCGCGAACUUGGCGGACAAGGUGCAGCGGAAGGCGAGGGAUGAUGCGGUGGAGCAGGUUGUGGGUUGGUUUGAGAAGUACUUGAAGGUGGACCCGGUGGCUGCUGAGGCCUGA